UUCCGGCUGCCUCGCAGAGCUGACAUGAACAUCUUCACUAAGGUCCCAGGAUUAACCCAACAAACCAGCAAACUGGGGUCUGUGCUCCAACGUGCCUUCUACGGGUCCACUGGGAGGGUGACCCUUUUCGAGCAGCGAAACUUCGCUGGCAGACGACUGGACCUGAACUCCGACUGUCCCAGGAUCAGCGACAAGAACUUCCCAGAGAGAUGUAACUCCGUCCAGGUGGACAGCGGAGCAUGGGUCGGGUUCGAGCAGGAGAACUACCGGGGCCGUCAGUACCUGUGGGACAUGUCCGACCGCGGGGAGUACAACUGCUACGACCGCUGGUGCGCCCAGGUGGACCACGUCUCCUCGGUCCGCUCCGUUAAGCAGGACAACAAUCCUCCCAGGGCACAGCUGUUCGAGCGAGCAGGUUUCUCCGGGAAGAAGAUGGAGAUCCAGGAUGACAUUCCCAACCUGCUGAGCCGCUACAACCUCAACAGAGUGGCGUCUAUCCGCAUCCUGGGAGGAGCGUAAGUCCAC